AUGGAGGGCGCCUCGUCGCUGGAGGGGUACCUGGAGCACUGCGGCGGGCAAUUCAAGGAUGACAUCUCAGCUGGUCCUCAGCUGUUUAUGCCCUUAAACCUUUAUGAUGUAGACCUUCCAAUGCAAACAACUGAAGAUGCACUGUUCAGUUCCCAGUUUAAUCACCCCAAAGAGCUUCCUAUGGACUUUUCCUCUGUGGAUCUCAGCUUUCUUCCAGAUAUUACCCAAGAUAACAAAGAACAAAACCAAUCUGAAGAUGGUCAUGAAAAGCAAGAAGACCUAUGCGAGUCAAUAUCAAGAAAUGAGGACAGCAGAAUCUUCACGGAUCAGAGUAGCUUGUCCUGUCCAGAUGCAAUUCAACCAUCUCCUGAAGCAUCUGUCACAUGUCCUUCUCUGAUACCAAUGACUCCUAUGACCCCAGUGAUGUCUGCAUCAGAUAGCACUGGCAUAGUUCCUCAGCUACAGAAUAUAGUGUCGACUGUAAACUUGGCUUGUAAACUAGACCUGAAGAGCAUAGCUCUGCAUGCCAGAAAUGCAGAGUAUAACCCCAAGAGAUUCGCUGCUGUCAUCAUGAGGAUCAGAGAACCACGAACAACAGCCCUCAUCUUCAGUUCAGGAAAAAUGGUCUGCACAGGAGCAAAAAGUGAAGAGCAAUCACGGCUGGCAGCCAGGAAGUAUGCACGUGUGGUGCAGAAGCUUGGGUUCCCUGCCAAGUUCCUGGACUUCAAGAUACAGAAUAUGGUUGGAAGCUGUGAUGUGAGGUUCCCUAUCCGUCUGGAAGGCUUGGUUCUCACUCAUCAGCAGUUCAGCAGCUAUGAGCCUGAACUGUUUCCUGGCCUUAUUUAUAGGAUGGUAAAACCAAGGAUAGUGCUGCUUAUCUUUGUGUCUGGGAAAGUUGUACUGACUGGAGCAAAAGAGCGUUCUGAAAUCUAUGAAGCAUUUGAGAACAUCUAUCCCAUUCUAAAAGGUUUUAAGAAAUCAUCAUAG